CACAAGCGGGGUGGAUUCACUUAGUAAAGUCACUAGACGAGUCUGAAUAUCUAUAAGCCAAUUUUUCAUAAAUACGACUCCGUUUGAUCAAUGAAAUUUGCUUGAUUUUGUUGAAAUUUAUAGAUUUAUUAGUGAAAUUUAUGUUUUUUUUGGCCUAACAUUGCCUUUUUAAUUUAAUUGCCGAUAACUACAUUUACGAUUCAAUUAUAAUCCUCCGGUAUGAUCGAAGUUUUCCUCCCGAUUAGCGAUCGGAUCUGUACUGAGAAUCCAAGGUGGGGUUUUUUAGGAGGAGAAUGGGCAACAGUAGAGGAGGCCCCCCUACUUCCAUAUCAAUGGCGUUUUCUGUGGAUGGUUUUGUGAGGGUGGGGUUUUGCCUUUUGUGGGAAAGGGUGGGGCUUUUGCACACAAUUUGAGGGUACACAUCACUCUCCCUGCUAUAACCCCCACAACUCAUUAUUCAUUAUUGCACUGCAAAAUAAAAGAUUUUUAAUGAAAAAAGAAUCGAAAUGAUGUAAAGAGGAGCAUCCCCUUUCCCUCUCUCUUAACACUUUCUCCCUCAAAAAGCUCACUUGCUUGGUUGGACCUCUGCGCUUCUUUAGCCGUGUGUAUUUCUACAAAGAUUGAGAGAUUGCUUUCUUUGUAAAACAAAAUCUCUGGGGUUUUGCAUGAAAUGUGAUUCUUUGAUUUGUGCUGUAUAGCGAGAGAGAGAGAGAUAGAGAUAGAGAGAGAGAGAGGGAGGAAGGGGGAGAAAGAUGCCCAGACCAGGACCUAGACCGUACGAGUGUGUUAGAAGAGCGUGGCAUAGUGAAGAUAGGCACCGACCCAUGAGAGGUUCAAUCAUACAAAAGAUUUUCAGGUAAUGGGCCUUCGUUUCUUGUUUUUUGUUUUGAUGCUUUUAGGGUUGUGUUUCUAAUGCCGACCAACUGUUUGAUCAGAUGUGUACACGAGAGACACAGCACUGUUACUAAGAAGAAAUCUGAGUGGCAACUAAAGGUUCCAACUGUUGUCUUCAAAGCUGAGGAAAUAAUGUACUCCAAAGCUAAUUCUGAGGCUGAAUAUAUGGAUCCUGAAACACUCUGGGAUAGGGCUAAUGAUGCUAUUGAUGUGAUCAUUCGGAGGGAUGAGAGUACAGAGACUGGGCCGCUUUUACCUCCUUGUGUUGAAGCUGCUCUACUUCUUGGCUGUGUUGCUGAAAGGACAUCUCGGAGUGAACGAAACAGUAAACCCAGAAAUUACUUACCCGCAAGUACUCAAGAGUUUCGCCCUAUGUCUCCCAAAGUGACCAAUCAAAGAACAAAUGAUCAUAACUCAAACUCCCUGUCUCCCAGUUCUGCAAGCCGCCCUACCUUUGGAAGACCUGCACUUAAGAAUUUGGUCACUUUGGCUUCAGAGUCAAACAAACCAGGACUACCUAAUACGUUAACUAUGGGUGCAGUGUAUCCUUUGUAUGAAGGCGCUGACUUCCCUCCUAGAGCCUCACCCUCGAGCUUUAAUGGGCCUAAAACCCCUCAAAGCAAUAUGAUUAGCGGCAGACCAAUUUAUCCAGAAGUCAACCAUUUCCAGAGUUUUCCCUCUAAACCUGUUGGAAAUGGUGCUCAAAAUGAAAAAACAGUCCUCAGUGGUGCUCCCCAGGAAGAAUGUGAUUUGUCUUUGAGGUUGGGUCAGUCUUUAGACUGUGGUUUGCAUUUGGGGAACACUUCAGUUGGGCCAACUGAUGAUCCCAAUGAAAGAGGCAAGUCCAAGGUUAUAUCUGCUGCUAAUGAAAGAAAAUGUUGCUUCUUUAGAGCCGAAUCUACAAAGGAGCCUUCUAGAUUCUCUAUGAGCUGGUGGGACCCUGAGGUAGAAGGUAGAGAUGUGGGUUUGAUUUCCAGGAAGCGUAAAGAAGCUCCCACUUCGAGUCAUUUCACUGGUCAACUGAAAAGACCAGGUUUGUAAACAAUCAACAUGUAUGUUGUAUUAUAAAGUUUUGAGGAAGAAUUUUUUUUGGGUGGCCCCCAAUGCUUUCAUCCAAGUUCUGCACAUGAUGUUAGCAAGGAGAAAGCAAUAGUACUAGAUGAGAACAUAUGCUGGAAAGAAGAUACUUCUUAACACAUUAGGGCCAGUUCGGAUCAAGGGGUUUUGGAAGGAAAGACUUGGAUGGCUGUCUCUGUCUUGAAAAAUACGAGGGAUUGGACUCUACACCCCAUUUUUCAUCGAAAGUUGGGUUUGCACCCCAUUUUCAAAAUCAAUAAUAUUUGCACCCUAAAGUGGAAAAAGCGGUUUAAAAUGGGGCAGACUCCAAUUUGAAAGAAAAAAGGGGUGUAAACUCUUACGGAGUAUCUUUAGAGUGCAGCUAUUGAUGAUUUUGAACACAUGUGCGGACUCAAAAUUUGAUGAAAAUAUGAGGUGUGAACUGACUGAACUCCAAUUACCCUGCACAUAAUUUUUCUGAAAUAAAUAGAUGGUGAGUGAAGUGUUUGAUCACAUAUGUGUUACUCUUUCACUAUUUAUAAAAUCUCAAAUAUGUGCCAAGAUAUAAGCCCUUACCUCUCCAAAAUCCUCUAUGGCCCCAUCCAAGCUGACCCUCAGUCCACUAACUUAUUACACUCUAUUGAUUGAGGAUGUCCUUCACCAUUGUUUUACAAGUCCGGUGUCAUGAUGUUCUAUAGAUUACCAAACAUUUCUUGUUAAUGUAAAGUAUUGUAUUAGAGCAUUGUGAAGUAAUUACAUAUUACAUGUAGAACAUUUGAAGUGGGUUUCAGUGCCAGCCAGCCAGGUUUCUAUAACCAAUUAGUUUACUGUGUUUGUACCUUUCAAGUUCUUCUCAUAGUCUCAUUAACACAGCAGGAAGGAUUGUUUUAUUCUAAUUUAUCUUU